CCGUUCCCUCUCCCCCCCCUCACCCCGCUCCCCUGCCAGGCCUAAGGUCGGAGCCCCAACCCUGCGCCAUGCCGAGGGAACUGAAGGAGAGCUUGUGCAGGGAUGCCGAUGCGCAGGACACCGUAAAAGAAGAAAGUAGCAUCGAGUCCACUGCCCGCUCCAGAAAAAGAAAGGCAGAUGUGGCCGUGUUCCUGCAGGAUCCAGAUGAAGAAGUUGCCAAAAUUGACAAGACUGUGAAAAAAAGCCAGUGUAACAGUCAGCCUUGGGACAGUGAUUCGGUUUGUGCAGACCCCUGCUCCUUGAUUCCCACACCUGACAAAGAGGAGGAUGAGGAGUCGUUGUUCCCCAUUUCCAUGUUCCAGCCUCGCAAGCGGUCACCACCCAGAGCUUCACCACUGCCUUUACUGAACUGGGCGAAUCGAGAUGAAGUCUGGAACAUUAUGUUGAACAAGGAGCAUGUGUAUUUAAGGGACGAGCACUUUCUGCAGAGACACCCUCUCCUGCAGGCUAGAAUGAGAACUGUUCUUCUGGAUUGGCUGAUGGAGGUGUGCGAAGUCUAUAAGCUUCACAGGGAGACAUUUUACUUGGCCCAAGACUUCUUUGAUCGGUAUAUGGCAACACAAGAAAAUAUUGUGAAAACCCUUUUACAACUCAUUGGGAUCUCAGCCUUAUUUAUUGCUGCCAAACUAGAGGAGAUCUACCCUCCAAAGCUGCAUCAGUUUGCUUACGUCACCGAUGGCGCCUGCUCAGGAGAUGAAAUUCUUACCAUGGAACUGGUGAUUAUGAAGGCCCUGAACUGGCGUUUGAGUCCUUUGACUGUCGUGUCCUGGCUAAACGUGUACAUGCAGGUCGCGUUUCUGAACAACAUGUGUGAGGUGCUGCUGCCUCAGUAUCCGCAGCAGAUCUUCAUCCAGGUGGCUGAGCUCCUGGAUCUCUGCAUGCUGGAUGUGGAAUGCUUAGAAUUUCCUUACGGGGUACUUGCCGCUGCUGCCUUGUUCCAUUUCUCUUGCUCCGAUUUGGUGGCGAAGGUUUCAGGGUAUCAGUGGGAGGAUAUCAAGAAAUGUGCUGAAUGGAUGACACCAUUCGCCGAGGUCUUCCAGGAGACGCCAAGCUGCAAGCUGAGGCACUUCCGGGGGAUCCCAUGUGAAGAUGCCCAUAAUAUCCAGACCCAUGCCAACAGCUUGGACUUACUGGAAAAAGCUCAGGCAAAGAAAUCUGAAUUGUCAGAACACCAUAGAUUGUCCCCUAUCCCUCCUGGGCUCCUCACCCCUCCUCAGAGUAUUAAAAAGCAGAGUGAGCUGGAGGAGGAGGAAGCCUGAAGCCCAGAAUUGGCGUGUGGAAAUGCCCGGAUGUUCCCCUGCUGCCAUUCAGCCUUUGCAGAUACUCAGCGAGUGACAGCCCCCCUCCCACAGAAGUCUUGUGUGUGGAUGACGUGGACCGGGGCAGCAUCUUCUAUGGAGUGCUUACACUUUUGAAACACGUGAGUCAAGGACAACAGCCACCUCCAGAACACCCGAGGGUGCUCCCCUUGCUGCUACGGAUGGUGUCCUUGACCCACCUGACUCCCCGUGGAGGACUAAGGCUUGAAGUUAGAGCCCCCCUGCCCCAUGGCCAGCGGGGUGGGGCGUGCCCCUUCACGUUGUCAGCCCAGUGUCCCUUGCCUUUAUGAACUCUGGUUUUGUAA